CUGGCAUUUUCCUUCAGGCUUUGUAAUGUCAGCAGUAUCGAAAUAUUGCGCACAUUCAGAAGAGGUCAUUUCCAGUCAUGUAACGUCAGAACCGACUUGAUCAAGGCACAAAAAAACGUUGCAUCACUAACCAGUCCUUUCCGAGAAGGAUGCUCAAUUUGGGAGGCAGAAAGAGUGAUGACAGUGUUUUUACCGCAGUUGGAGAGAAAGUCGGGCUCAAACCCAGAGCCUCUUUGGAGAAGGAUUCAUGUAAUGUGAGUACUGACGCAAAACCGGGGUCGGAUAAUGAACUGCUCAAGAAACUGGAACGGUGCGUCUUGUGUGAGUGAGUGUGCAGGCUGCUGUGUGCGUAGCAAAGACGUCUGUGCCGUGCUCACCAUUCAUGCAGUGUGAUUAUUCCAACAAACACCUUUGCUCUCUCUCUCUCCCUCUCUGUCUGUCUGCCUGCCUGUCACUCUCACACCGCCGCCUCUUCCCUCCUCACCGUGCCACAUGUGCACACAAGGCGCCCAAGCACUACGUCUAAUUGCCUGAGCGCCAUCAGGAGAUAUUAUUGAUAUUUAACAACGCUCCCGCACCCCCUCGUUACCGCGUCACACCAGUCAAUAUGGCCACUCUGCAACAUCACCGGCAGCUUCUCAUGCAUGGCACGGAAGUGAGCUGCGACUCCAGCGGGGAUGGCGCCGUGACCGUGCGGAUUACCAACAGCGCGCCACACGUGCAUCAACAUGAGCCACUGAAGACUGCCAACAGCGGAGGAGGAGCUGGAGGCUAUGGGGCUGUGAGUAAAACGAACCCCAACCUCCACAAAUACAGUAUCUCCUCCAGCUGUAGCUCAGCAGACUCUAGACCGGCUAUGACCUCCACUUCGAGGGUGCAUAGGAAGGCGCCUCCACUGUUUGAACGCUCAGCUGCCCAGUGCUGGGACCCCAAGUUUGACUCCCCCAUUCUGGAAGAGGCGUGCCAAGAGAGGUGCUUUCCUCAGACACAGCGGCGCUUCCGUUAUGUCCUGUUCUACCUGGCUAUUGCGACUCUACUCUGGGGAGUGUACUUUGGGGUCAAUAGUGACCGCUGCCACCCUAUUUCCUUCCUAGUCCCCACAGCCUCCUUUUUGGUCCUCCUAGUGCUCCUCUUUUUGUUCACCUUAACCCAGGCCUACACACGGCUGUACAACCAAACCUCCUUACUCCUGAUCGCAGUCACCUUCGCCAUCACCUUAGCUCCACAAAUACAGACUGCUGGUUACACUGAGCUGGAGUGGAAUGCAUCAUAUCACUUACCAUACAAUGUAGCAUCACCCCCAACCCCUUGCAUCUCUCCUGUGGGCACAUUUUCCCUGUGUAUGGAGGUUCUGUUGUUGUUGUACAGUGUCCUCCAUGUCCGUCUUUAUGCCUCAGUGAUGCUGGGGUUCCUGUACUCUAUAUUAUUUGAGGCAUUAGGGUGGCUACCAUUGCUUCAAAGAAGUUAUGACACUAAUGGAUUGGGGACAGAGGAGAUGGGUUUAGGUUCUAAUUGGGAAGGAGACACCCUCCGCUGGCUGGGCCCUGCCAAAGCCCUGCUCCACUUAUGUGCACACGUCAUUGGUAUCCACUUGUUCAUUAUGUCGGAGGUGCGAUCCCGCAGCACCUUCCUCAAAGUGGGCCAGGCUAUCAUGCAUGGCAAGGACUUAGAGGUCGAGAAGGCCCUGAAGGAACGUAUGAUCCACUCGGUCAUGCCUCGGCGAGUCGCAGACGAGCUGAUGAAGCAGGGUGAUGACGAGGGUGGCGGCGGUGAGAACUCUGGAAAGCGUUAUUCCUCUGGUGCCUGCUCUGCCUCAGCCAUCUCAGUGGGUGGUGGAGGAGGUGGUGGAGCUUCGCAAUCUCAAAGUGCCACAAGCCCAAAGAACUACCCUCACAACAAUCACAAACGCAAGAAGACCUCCAUUCCUCGGGGCCAGAUAAUAUUUAGGCCCUUCAACAUGAAACGCAUGGAGCCUGUCAGCAUCCUCUUUGCAGAUAUUGUAGGGUUCACCAAAAUGUCUGCCAAUAAGUCAGCCCCGGCCUUGGUGGGCCUUCUCAAUGACCUAUUUGGACGUUUCGACCGUCUCUGUGAACUAACUUGUUGUGAGAAGAUCAGCACACUGGGAGAUUGCUACUACUGUGUAGCAGGCUGCCCUGAACCCAGACCGGACCACGCCUACUGCUGUGUAGAGAUGGGCCUGGGCAUGAUCCAGGCCAUCGAGCAGUUCUGCCAGGAGACAUGUGAGACUGUCAGCAUGCGUGUUGGCGUCCACACUGGCACGGUCCUCUGUGGGAUUCUAGGAAUGAAGCGUUUCAAGUUUGAUGUAUGGUCAAAUGACGUCAACCUGGCUAACUUGAUGGAGCAGUUGGGCAUGGCGGGCAAGGUCCACCUGUCAGAUGCUACUGCCCGGUUCCUAGAUGACCGUUACCAAAGAGAGGAUGGGCGGGUCGAGGAGAGAGCCGGGCAAAGUGUGGUGGAGAAACUGAAGGGGCUGAAAACCUACCUUAUCUCAGGAAAGAAGUGGGAGCACGAUGUGCAGUGUGGCUGUUCUCAGCUGGGACUGCCAGGUGGAGAUUUUGUUGGGAUCAGCCUGGCCUCUUGUCCUCAGCCCCACACCCCAGACCUCAUCCCUGGGGGAGCGCAGGCUGCUGAGCCGUUACUGCCCCACCAACCACCAGAUAGGAGUGGGCCUCCCUGUAUGUCCCGUAGUGUGGUCCUGUCUUCCGGGGCAGAGCAGGGUGAUGAGGUGGCUGUGCUGAAUGGCUGCCAGGAAGAGCACAAGACCAGCAGUGCCAAGUUCAUCCCAGGUCAUAGCCCCAGGGCGGCCAAUGGACUCCUGAGCCCCCCACUGGAGGACCCAGUGCGGGCAAGCCAGAGCUCCCUGUGCGACAUGCUCCAGGAGAAAGAGAAGAAGACAAGUACUAGCACAGGGACUGGCACCAGUCUAGGCAUGGCUGGUGGCACAGGAGCAGCGGGUACGGGCAUGGACCACUCCGCCCUCAUCCAACUGCGUGCCAAAAACUUCAGAGAAAAGAGUGACGUCCACUUUGUGGAUGUUAUUAGGGAGGACAGUCUGAUGAAGGACUACUUCUUCAAGCCACCCAUCAACAAGAUAAGCCUCAACUUCCUAGAGAGACCUCUGGAAAAAGCCUAUCGCAGCAGCUACAAGGAGGAGGUGAAAAACCAGGUCCAGGUGCAGACCUUUGCGAGCUCCACCUUUAGUUCCUUCUUGGAUGUUCUACUCAGCUGUUUUGUCUUCCUGGCCCUAACCCUGGCCUGCUUCCUUCCACCUCUGGUGAGCCCGGACCCUGAGCGCCGUCCAGCUCCCGCUGCUCUGGCCCUGGCCCCCCUGGCUGGCCUGUUGGAGCUGGCCUCCCUGGUUCUCUCCAUACGUAUGGCCUUCUACCUGGAGGAGGUGAUGAACUGUACCCGCUCCUUGCUCCUGGUGGUCUCCGGCUGGAUCUCCCGUCAUGUGAUCGGGGCCGUGUUGGUGUCCCUUCCUGCCAUCUCCGUCUUGUCCCACCUCACCAGCAGUGAUCGCCUGCCUCUCCAGGUGACCAUGUUCUUGUGCUGUGCCACCAUCCUUGCAAUCAUCCAGUAUUGUAACUUCUGUCAGCUGAGUUUUUGGAUGCGCUCAGUCCUGGCCACUGCUACAGGGGUCGCUCUGCUGCUGUUGCUGUACAGCCCCUUGCACAGGUACAGCUCUGGUAAUAACAGCCUGCCAGAUCAGGGACUGAACCUCUCCACAUCAAGUGAUGCUGGCUCAGCAGGACCUGAUCCUCCCCCACAACCUCUUGACCUUCUGAUCCCAGAAGCUGUUCUGGCCUUCUUUCUUCUCCUUCUCCUUGUCUGGUUCCUCAACCGUGAGUUCGAGGUCAGCUACCGUCUCCAUUACCAUGGCAACGUGGAGGCUGACAAGCACCGCUCCAAGAUCCAGACGAUGAGAGACCAGGCUGAGUGGUUACUGGGCAACAUCAUCCCUAUCCAUGUGGCUGAUCAGCUCAAGGUGACCCAGAGCUACUCCAAAAACCACGACAGUGUUGGUGUAAUCUUCGCCAGUAUUGUAAACUUCAGUGAGUUCUAUGAAGAGAGCUAUGAGGGUGGAAAAGAGUGCUACCGUGUCCUCAAUGAGCUAAUCGGAGACUUUGAUGAGCUCCUUCGCAAACCUGAAUUCAAAAGCGUGGAAAAAAUCAAGACAAUUGGUGCCACUUACAUGGCGGCGUCAGGACUGAAUGUCCGGCAGCUAGGUGAUGAUGAUGACUCUCCACACGGUCACCUGAGGGCACUUUUCAACUUUGCCCUGGAGAUGAUGGGCGUCCUGGACGACUUCAACAAGAACAUGCUGGGUUUUGGUUUUAAGCUUCGCAUUGGAUUUAACCACGGGCCACUGACGGCUGGGGUGAUCGGCACCACUAAGCUGCUCUAUGACAUCUGGGGAGACACGGUCAACAUUGCCAGCCGCAUGGACUCCACCGGCGUGGAGUGUCGGGUGCAGGUGAGCGAGGAGAGCCACGCUGUGCUCAGUGCCAUGGGCUUAGAGUUUGACUAUAGAGGUACCGUGAAUGUUAAGGGCAAAGGUCAAAUGAGGACCUUUCUGUACCCCAAAAGUGGGGAAAGUAUAUACCAAGAUCGAGCAGAGCCGAGCGUCGGAGUCGGACCCUUGAGUGUGGCACCAACGACAAAGACUUCAGAACCUGUUGCCCAGGCAGCAGCUCCUCUUCCCAUUUCUUCCUCUUCUUCCAACCUUCCUUCCUCCUCUCUUUUCACACUCCCUCCCCAACCACAAAGCGCUGUAAGGCCUUCAGAAGCAGGGCCUGUCCCAGCUAAGUCCACAGAGGUGAGGGAGGAAGGAUAUAGGGACGCUUCACACCUCCCUGGGCAGUCUUCUGCCACAGACCUUCACCUCCCUUCCCACUCUGAACUAGGCCCAGAACCUAGUGCUGCACAAGUGCUCCCCCAGGUUCAGCCUGCUCCUCUCGCACUUCAAGAGGAGGAGGAUGAAGAGGCUGACGAGCUAACAAAACUCAACGAGGAGUUUUAUGCUCGUCUCUGAUCCAUCCUUUCCCUUUCCCCUGUCUU